AUGCCUCGUUAUGGUGGAAGCUUCCGCGAAAGGCAGUGGACCCCACAAGCUCCAUGGUCGGUCGGCGAAUAUUGUUGGUACCAAUUCGCCCAGAACGGACGGCCUGUAAUCGUUCGCUACCGAUGUCUCGUUGCUCACAUCAGCGCCACCAAUAGUCCACCGUGGAGCAGCCCGCAGCUAUGGAGCCAAGUUUAA